UGGAAGACGAAAUCAUGUCGAUUUCACAUGGCGAAGAAAACAAAGAAUUAACGCCCAACGAAAAUGGGGCAUGCGGUGGCAAUCCAACAGAUAAGAAGCCGACGGUCGUAAUUGUCCUUGGAAUGGCUGGAUCUGGCAAGACAACAUUUGUUCAGAGGAUAGUUGCUCAUCUACAUACAAAGAAAACUCCACCAUAUGUGAUCAAUCUGGACCCAGCUGUGCAUGAGGUGCCUUUCCCAGCAAAUAUAGAUAUAAGAGACACAGUGAACUACAAAGAGGUAAUGAAGCAAUAUGGAUUAGGGCCGAAUGGAGGCAUUGUGACAUCAUUGAAUCUGUUUGCUACCAGAUUUGACCAGGUGAUGCAGUUUGUUGAGAAGAAAAACAAAGAUGAGUGCAAGUAUAUCAUUAUAGACACUCCAGGACAAAUUGAAGUGUUCACAUGGUCAGCAUCAGGAUCCAUUAUUACAGAGUCUCUGGCAUCCACGUUCCCGACAGUGGUAGUGUAUGUGAUGGACACGUCUCGCAGUGUGAGCCCUGUGACAUUCAUGUCCAACAUGACAUAUGCCUGCAGCAUCCUCUACAAGACAAAACUACCAUUCAUAGUCGCCAUGAAUAAGGUAGACAUAGUGAGUAACAAGUUUGCUGUUGAGUGGAUGACAGACUUUGAGACAUUUCAAGACGCACUAGAGCACGAAACCUCAUACACUUCCAACCUGACACGCUCCAUGAGUCUUGUGUUGGACGAGUUCUAUGCUAACAUCAAGAAUGUAGGCGUGUCUGCAGUGACAGGGGAAGGUGUGGAUAAGUUCUUUUCCCUGGUGGAUGAGGCAGCUGAAGAAUAUGAAAACGAAUACAAGCCCAUAUUGGAGAAGAGGAGGAAAAAGAUGGAAGAGAAUGAGGCAAAGAGACAGGCUGGAGAACUGGACAAGGUGGCAGAGGACAGACUGGCGGACAUUAACACAGAGGGUCUGAGACAGGGCACAUCACAAAUGACCAUUAACCCUGCGGCCGGAGCUGAUGAUGAUGAGGACAGUGAAGAGGACUUCAAGCAUGAUGAGCCUAUAGAUGUGGAUGAAGCGCGGGAAUAUGAGUCAUUUAAACGUUACCUCGAUUCACAGAAAGCCAGACAGCAACAAAAGGCGGACAAACAGGCGACUGAUUACACCUGAUAGUGGGGAAACUUUGUUAUUGUGUUAUAAUGUGCUUCAUCUGUAAAUAAACAUUAUCGCUUAAUAUUGUGUUGAUUUAGUGAUAGCAUGAUUAGAAUGAUAAAAAAUGGUGUGACAGAUAUGGUCAUUUUAAGAGUUCUUAAAUGAAUUACAAGUAAAUGUUCGAAUAACUCUUUAACAUAGCCUAGGAGAACAUUUCUUGAUCAUAACAAAAAUAUCUCAUACUGAAUAUUUGAUCUGCCCAGCCUGUGUCAGAACUGCUCAGCCAAUGUUCCAAUAUGAGGUAAAAUCUCAGCAUGUACAUGAAAAGUGAACUUGUAUGCACAUUCAAAAUUUAAAAAAUCUGAGCUAAUAUGGAAAUUCAGCAUUUUGAUUGGUUAAAUUGGUUUGAUUUAAAAUCAUUUAUUUCAACCAUAAUAAAAAAUACAGGUAUGGUGGUUGAAUGAUAAAAAUCAUUUAAUAGGUGAUACCUUUCAUUUAAGCUGUUUUUUUGGACUGUAUUUAUAUUUAUAUGAAUUGAUGUAAAGUAGCUCUCAAUCGGAAAAUUAUGUUUCAAGUCCGAUUUUUUUCCAAUUAUAUCACCAUCAUUAAUACUUGUAGGUCCGUAAUUAUAUGGAACCAGUUACUCUGCUACCAAAUUUGAAUCGAGUUAUUGUAACUGUCUAUCACUCUUAGAUAAAUAGGGCUAAUACAUUAAAAGUCACUAAAUAG